UCCAGCACUGACACAUGAACCUUCCACCAUUAUAUAUCUCCUCCUCCUCCUCCUCUCUCCUUUCCUUCAUUCGUAUGUGGAUUUCUUAGGGUUAUUCAACUUCUAUUGCUAUUUAUCAACUAGACAUAUAGAAUAAUUAUUGUCAAGUUUGGGAAGGAUGAAAAACAGCAGUUCCAAGCAUCGAAGCAGAAGCACGUUUAGAAGCAUGAUGAGGCUCUCCUUCUCUUGCUUUAGAUGCUUCUCUUCUUCGUCUGACAUCCCCACAGACAAUGCACUAAUUAUGCAAGGUUUGCAAGUUCUUCAAAAUGUGCAUGCUUUCUCGUUUAAUGAGUUGAAAGUCGCCACCAAUGGAUUCCGUUCAUCAAAUAAAAUUGGGGAAGGCGGAUUUGGCUCUGUAUAUAAGGGAAUCCUGCAAGAUGGGAGAAUGGUUGCCGUCAAAAUGCUUUCUGCGGGAUCAAAACAAGGAGACAGGGAGUUCAUCUCUGAGAUAGCUUCAGUGUCCAAUAUUAACCAUGAAAAUCUUGUUAAGUUACACGGUGGAUGCAUUGAUGGUCCUUAUAAGAUUCUCGUUUAUGACUACAUGGAAAACGGCAGUCUUGCUCAAACUUUGCUCGGUUCUGAGGAAAAAAGAGCCAACUUCAGGUGGGAAACAAGGAGAGAGAUUUCGUUAGGCAUUGCUCAAGGUCUUGCUUAUAUUCACGAGGAGAUUAAGCCCCGUAUUGUGCAUCGAGAUAUAAAAGCAAGCAAUAUACUCUUGGAUCAGAAUUUGUGUCCGAAAGUUUCAGAUUUUGGUCUCUCUAAACUAUUUCCUGAAGAUUUUACUCAUGUCAGUACACGAGUGGCUGGCACAUUGGGAUAUCUUGCACCGGAAUACGCCAUUAGUGGCCGUCUGACCCGGAAAACAGACGUGUACAGUUUUGGAGUGCUACUUCUUGAAAUAAUCUGCGGGCGAAAAGCUGUUGAUUUUGAUCCAGAACUUGGAGAACACUACCUGGUGGAGAAGGUAUUACUGUUUUUUACAAGCUGCAAACAGCAGUCCUUGUCUUAUAAAAUAGAAUACGCUCUAUAUAUUAUUGGGCAACGCCUGGUAAUUUAUUUAUUUUUUAUGAAAAUCUAACAAAAAUCAUGACGGCGAAAGAUUCAAAAGCUCAAAUCAUAUAGAUGUACUUGAUAAUAUGUAACUGUAAUAUUUUUUUGUCUAGAUUGGAUCAUCAAUGUAUUCAUAACAGAUCUUUACAUUGAUUUCAGUUGAUAUAAUUAUUCAGUGAUCACUUGAAACUAA